AUGCUGCGCCGUUCUGCGGCAGCCCUUGGCAAGAAGGCCCCGGUGCCAUUCAAGUACGUCCCGCUUAUUCCGCACGUCUCCCACGACGACACGCCGCUUCGUCUCUUGACGAAGGACUACGUUUCUGUUGUGAGGCCGGGCUGUGGCGUGCCGGAGAUCCUGCAGGUCGAUGUGGAGGGACUGACGAGGCUCGCCUCGGAGGCUUUUGGCGAUGUGCAGCAUCUUCUUCGCCCAUCCCACCUCGCGAGUCUGCGGAAGAUUUUCGACGACCCGGAGGCGAGCGACAACGAUCGUUUCGUCGCGCUACAGCUUCUAAAGAAUGCCAACAUUGCGGCAGCUCGCGUCCUUCCCGGGUGCCAGGACACAGGCACGGCGAUUGUUGCCGGCUACAAGGGCGAACAGGUGUUCACAAACGGCGAUGAAUGCGAGGCGUUGAGUCGUGGCGUCUACAAGAUUUACACCACAACAAAUCUACGUUACAGUCAAAAUGUUCCUCUCACCAUGUUUGAUGAAAAAAACACGGGCUCCAAUCUGCCGGCACAGAUUGACUUGUAUGCGACGAAGGGACAAGAGUACAACUUCAUGUUUGUGGCAAAAGGAGGCGGCUCGGCGAACAAGGCGUAUCUUUUCCAGGAGACGAAGUCGGUUCUUAACCCAAAGUCCCUCCGUAAGUUUUUAGAGGAAAAAAUUGGCGCUAUUGGUACCGCGGCCUGCCCACCAUACCAUAUGGCUGUCGUCGUGGGUGGCACAAGCGCCGAAAUGACACUCAAGACAGUGAAGUACGCAUCUUGCAAAUACUACGACAAUCUACCCACAAAACCGGAUGAGUCCAAGGGCUACGCCUACCGCGACACUGAAAUGGAGAAUGUCGUUAUGGACAUCUGCUACAACAUGGGCAUGGGGGCCCAGUUUGGGGGGAAGUACUUUGCCCAUGAUGCCCGCGUCAUUCGCCUGCCCCGUCACGGCGCCAGUUGUCCGAUAGGCAUCGGUGUAAGCUGCAGCGCCGAUCGUCAGGCACUUGCAAAAAUAAACAAGGACGGUAUUUGGCUUGAGCAGCUCGAAACAGAUCCCGCAAAAUACCUCCCAGAGAUCACCGAAGACCAGCUCCUUAAGACACCACCCGUGAAUAUUGACCUAAGUAUGCCUAUGGAGAAGAUUCGCGCUGAACUUUCAAAGUAUCCUGUCAAGACACGACUAAGUUUGAGUGGCACCAUCAUUGUUGCCCGAGACAUGGCCCAUGCACGGAUGCGGGAAAUGCUUGAGGCGGGAAAGCCGUUACCAGAAUACAUUAAGAACCACCCCGUGUACUACGCAGGGCCGGCAAAAUGUCCUGAAGGCAUGCCUUCUGGUUCCUUUGGUCCAACGACAGCGGGACGCAUGGACCCAUUUGUGGAUCUCUUUCAGGCAAACGGCGGUUCCUUUGUUAUGCUCGCAAAAGGAAACCGCAGUCGAGCAGUAACGCAGGCAUGUAAGAAACACGGAGGAUUCUAUCUUGGCAGUAUCGGUGGCCCUGCCGCACUGCUUGCAAAAGACUCCAUUCGCAAGGUAGAGGUGCUUGAUAUGGCGGAGUUGGGAAUGGAGGCGGUGUGGAAGAUUGAAGUGGAGAAUUUUCCCGCCUUCAUUGUUUUGGACGACAAGGGAAAUGACUUCUUCCAACAGCUCAAAUGA